AUGUCUAAAGAGCUCUACCCCAUCGCAGUGCUCAUCGAUGAGAUGAAGCACGAAGACGUCACGCUCCGGCUGAAUGCCAUUCGUCGACUCUCCACCAUCGCCCUAGCACUUGGCCAUGCUCGAACACGCGACGAACUCGUUCCGUUCCUUGAUGAAUCCCUCGAUGAUGAAGAUGAAGUCCUUCAAGCCCUUGCUGGUGAGCUAGGCGGGUUCACUGCAUUUGUUGGUGGUCCACCAUUUGCGCACUGCUUACUCGCACCCCUUGCACAUCUCGCUGCUGUUGAAGAAACACUCGUUCGUGACAAGGCCGUUGAAUCACUUGAUACCAUCUCUCAAGCACUCUCAGAGGAACAAGUCAAGCAACACUACAUCCCACUCAUUGAACGCCUCGCAACAGGUGAUUGGUUCACCUCGCGUAGUUCAGCCGCUGGUCUAUUCGCCUCUGGCUAUCAAAAGUCUGAUGCAACGAAUCGCGAAAAGCUACGAACACUCUUCAAUGGCUUGUGUAAUGAUGAUACCCCCAUGGUCCGUCGUGCUGCUGCCUCAAAUUUGGCAAAAUUGAUUGCAGAGAUGGAGACAUCGGUGGUGGUGGAGGAAGCGAUUCCUCAGCUACAAACACUCUCAGCGGAUGAUCAAGAUUCUGUGCGUUUAUUGACGGUAGAAGCAUUGAUUGCCGUGGCUCAAUCACUCAAAGCAGAGGAAGAGACACGUCGACGUGCUUUACCUAUUCUCAAGACAUUGUAUACAGACAAGAGUUGGCGUGUACGAUACAUGGUGGCAGACCACUUCAUCAAGUUGUCUGAAGCCUUUGGUACUUCCUUUGUUGCAACCGAUCUCGUUCCUGCCUUCUUGCAGCUAUUGCGUGAUUCAGAGGCAGAAGUCAGGACGGCCAUUGCUGGGCAAAUCAGUGGAUUUUGCAAGUUGGUGCCCACGGAGACGAUCCUGGAUCCCAUCUUGCCGGUUGUCAAGGAUCUCAUCACGGAUUCCUCGCAGUAUGUUCGGGCUGCGUGGGGUAAGCAGAUUUCCUCACUUGCACCCAUCAUGGGUAAAGAAGCAACCAUUCAGUACCUGUUGCCCAUGUUUUUGCAAAUGCUCAAGGAUGAGUACCCGGACGUACGACUCAACAUCAUCUCACAACUCGAACAAGUCAACCAGGUGAUUGGCAUUGAGUUGCUCAGUCAAAGUUUAUUGCCUGCAAUUGUGAAGCUUGCUGAGGAUAAGCAGUGGCGUAUCAGACUGGCCAUUAUUGAGUAUACGCCACUCCUUGCCGGUCAGCUGGGUGUUGACUUCUUCAACAAGGAGCUGAGUGCAUUGUGCAUGUCGUGGUUAGGAGACUCUGUCUUUUCCAUUCGCGAGGCAGCGACCGUGAAUCUACGCAAGUUGACGGAAGUAUUUGGUGUGGAUUGGGCAAAGGAGACCAUCAUUCCUAAAGUCCUUGCAAUGGGCGACCAUGCCAAUUACUUGUACCGCAUGACGACCAUCUUUGCCAUCAUUACACUCGCACCCGUUGUCAACUUGGAAGUCAUUCAGGGCGCCAUUCAACCGACCUUGGCACAGCUCGUCAAUGAUAGGAUUCCAAACAUCAGGUUUAAUGUGGCCAAGGCAUUUGAAGCAUUGGCACCGGUCCUCAAGGAGACACCUGAGGGUAGGCAGUUGCUUCAGGAUCAAAUCAGGGGUUCGUUGGAGCGGUUGAGUGCUGAUGCGGAUUCUGAUGUCAAGUACUUUGCCAACAGGGCGAUGCUUGCUGUUUAA